CUUGACAAUGUGCCCGGCGCCAUUGUGUUGGAGACAUUGUUGCUCGUCACCGGAAUGGGAUGCCUGAUUGCGUGCCACACUUGGCAGUCACGCCUCUGCUGGGCUUUUGCUCGUGACCGUGGUAUCCCUGGACACAAGUGGCUCGCUCAGGUCAACCACACUCUCGAUGUGCCUCUGAACGCGCACAACGCCAGCAGCUUCAUCGUUGCUGUUCUCGGACUGCUCUAUCUCGGCUCCUCUACCGCUUUCAACAGCAUGGUGACCGCCUGUAUCACCCUGCUAUACAUCUCGUACUCCUGCCCCAUCGUAUGCCUCUGGUACCGCGGUCGUGAUAACAUCAACCACGGACCCUUCUGGCUUGGAAAAUGGGGUGCCUUCGCCAACAUUGUCACCGUCCUAUGGACCAUCUUCUGUCUUGUCAUGUACUCCUUCCCAUCAACCAUGCCGGUGAACACAGGCAACAUGAACUAUGUCUCGGCUGUAUAUGGUGUUGUGAUUUUCAUUGUUCUUUGCGAUUGGUUCGCUCGCGGUAGACGCGUAUAUAAAGGGAGUGUCAGCGCUCUCGAGGGCCAUGGCGCGUCCGAGGACUCGGAGUAA